UUUCCAUCAUGGCGGCGACAAUUUCGGGUUACACUUUUAGUUCUGUGUGUUAUCACAGCGCCAACAGCAAUUCCGACCAUGAAGGCUUCCUGUUGGGAGAAGUGAGACAGGAGGAGACUUUAAGCAUCAGUGACUCACACAUCGGUAGCUCCGAAUUCCUCAAUGUAAUAGAAGUACAUAAUCAUGAACCUUGUGCACAACUGUUUAGCUUUUAUGACUAUGCAGGUUAUGUCAAUGAAGAAAAUCUCAACAGAAUCCUCAAGGACAGGAGAAAAAAUGUUAUCGGCUGGUACCGGUUUCGAAGGAACACCCAACAGCAGAUGUCAUUCAGGGAGCAGGUGAUCCACAAGCAGUUGACCCAAAUACUUGGCAUCCCAGAUCUCGUCUUCCUUCUCUUCAGCUUCAUCUCCACCGCCAAUAGUUCCACACAUGCUCUGGAGUAUGUGCUCUUCAGGCCCAACAGAAACAGGUAUAAUCAGAGGAUAUCACUAAGCAUCCCAAACCUGGGUAACACCAGUCAACAGGAAUAUAAAGUCUCUUCAGUGCCCAACACCUCCAAGAACUACGCUAGCAUCAUUAAAGAACAUGGGGCUGAGUUCUUCGAUAAGGAUGGGGUGAUGAAAGACAUUCGAGCAAUUUUUCAGGUGUACGGUGCUCUACAAGAAAGGGUGCAGGCAGUGUGUUCCGAAGUGGAUCAAAGUGAACAAGUGAGGGAGAAAAUCCAAGGGGAAGUGAACAAACUCAAAGAGGAAAUCACUCUCAGGAAACAUAACACAGCUGAGGAAGAGAGAAGACUUCAAGAAGCAACCAACACUGUUGUCUCACUUCCAGAUGACUCCGUGCUCUCCGACCCUUUACACUCUUCACUGACACAAGUGGUGCUCUCAGGUCCCUCGGUGGAGCCCAGUUUAGAGAGACCUGUCAACUCAUCGUCUCCACCACUUUACAGCACCGCACUGCCUCCAGAUUCACCAAGCGCUAUCCUGCUGCCUCGACCCCAAGCUGUGGGCUCGCCCGGCCACCCGUCUCCCAGUCUGGGCUUGGGCAAUGGAGACGGCUCCAGCUCAGAUUCUUUGAACCGUCAAGCCACCGGCCAGGAAGAUGAUGAUGAUGAGGACAGUAGCGAGUAUGAGAAUUUAGUUAGCGAGCAACUGCAGUCGCCUUCCGUAACAGAAGCUGUCACACUUGGACGACCGGCUACCCUGUGGCCUGAUGGAGAUGCCCACAGCCCACCGGGCUCCUAGUGAUGAAACAAAGUGGGAAUAUAGACAAAUAAACAGAACUAGCUUUGAUUGUGAGGAGGAGAAAGGGGUGAAUGGGUUUUGGAGGGUGGUGUUCAGAACACAAGGAAGCACUUGCCUUUUGGAGUUAUAGAUACAAGUUAUGACAUGCUGUCCUAUUGUACACAUUUUAAGGGAGAGUUUACCAAAAUUGUAAAAUUCUGCUAUCAUUUACUCACCCUCAUGUUGUUUUAAACCCAUAUGACCUUCUUUCUUCCAUGGAACAAGAUGGCUAACAUUCAGCCUAACAAAUCUUUUUUGUAGUUUCGUGUUUGGAACUACGUGAGGGUGAGUAAAUGAUGACACAAUUUUCAUUUUUGGGUGAACUGUUCCUUUAAAGAAAAUUGCUGAGCUUUGAGCAGGGGAGUUCAUUGUAUUGAGACUGUAAUGCAUCCUGUGCAGAAUUGUGAAGUGGUGAUGGAAUAAUAUCCCCAGCCAUGUACUGACAUGCCGUUUCAUACUCUCCUCCCUGCUUUUGUUGGGGUGGUGAGAUGCAAAUUGCUUACUGGUUAUCUCUUGGCAUCUGCUACAUACCCACUGGGAUCAUUCAGUUCUUACACCAUUUAUGUCUUCUACUGUUUUGCCUUCUUUUGAGCUGCAUUUGAAUAGAAACACAAAGGGAAUGUGUUUGUUUUUGCGGCCUUCAAUUUCAUCUCUGUGAGCUUGCACCAUGAUAAAAAAAAAUGCAGUUAUUAUAAUUGCUUAGGACUGCACCACUCUGAUACUGAUCUAGAACAGUUCUUGUUCUGGAAGUUAUUUUUUAUUUGAUCAGUUUUGUUCUGUUGAGUAAUAUUAAUGGCCUGCUUGCCAACAAAAACAAUCAUUUUGGUCAAGGAUUAUACUAGUUAGCUCUUUGAUAAUGGGUGCAUAUACUAUUUUUUUUUUAUGACGUAAUGUAGAUCAUUAAUCAUUUCACUGGUUUGAUUUAAAAGAACACUUUUUUUUUUUUUUUUUGUCCUAAUGUUGAACCAAUAAUGAUAUUAUUUUCUGCUGCUCUUCAAACAAACAUUUUACUAUUGAGCUUUAACUGAAGUUACCAAUCAGAAUUCUGAACUGAAAGGGUCAAUGAUCAAACUACAGCAUCAUCAAUCUCAGGAUUAUUUUACAGUACCAGAAUGGUUUCUUUCUCUCCAUCUAUUCCUUAGUUAAAAAGAAAUUAUUGUAUUUAUUUACAUUUUAUUCCCCAAACCAAUGCAGUGGUGGUUCUGUUUAGCGCUCUGUGAUAAUGUGAAGUAAAAUAUUUCAGCUAUAUGCAGCAGAUGAAAAACUUUAAGGUAGAUUAAUCUUACAGAGUAGCACAGUAUCUGUUGUAUGUUUCGUAAUGUCUUAUUCACUUUCAACCGAGGCUUUUUCCCUGUUUGGUUUGUUUGGGGUUGAAUCUCACAAAAUGUCAUGUUCAUACUCCACUGCUAAAUCAAAAGAAAAUGUAUAUGUUGUCGACAUGCAUAAAGAAAAUGAAGCCUAUUUUAAGGACCGUUAACAUUUUUGCAUGGACAUUAUGAAGAAAAUUGAGCAGUGCACUCCCCUUUAAAUUCAUAUUGCAGUAAUACAUCUGAUUGCCUAAAUUUCUUAAUCAUUCUUAACUGUAUUACAUUUAAAAACACUGUUGUGCAAUUCAUAUUUUAUUAAAACCAGCAAUUAAGGCAGGACAUAAAAAUACUACUGUGAUGCAUAAUAACUUUAAAAUAAAAAAUACAAAUCUAUUUUUUGGCAUUACAGUAGUACAAAUAUGCUUAAUUGUCAUGAAAAUAAAAGAAAAGACCUCAUUUUGUUCAUGCAAAUAUAAUCUCUCUUGAUUUUGGGGUGAAAUAUGACUUGAUCUAUGCAGGUUUUGUGAGAUUCAUUCAUGUUCAGUGCAUUGUGUAUUAUUUGAGCAAAAAACUUGAAUCAGAUUAAUGAACUUUUUCUUUUGUUUUUACCCAACAAAUCCUAAAUUCUUAAUCUUUUCUCAGGAUCUGACUUGCUGACAUUUAUGUUGCCAGAGGUUGAGAAUGUCUCACUUUUCAUUCAGUAUGUUUCUCCAGUUUUGGGUUUGACAAAAAAAAAUAACAAAGCUUGUUUCCUGGCAUGAGAGUGCACUGACAGAAAUGAUUUAGUUGGCUGUAUCAUGCUGCAUUGUCUGCUUUUAAAUGUUUAGUCCUAGUUUUAGGCCUCAAAGAGUAUCUUCUAAUUUAAGUCUGAAAGCCAACACCCUGGAUGCUUUUUCACAAGAAUCUGAAAGUUUCACUGAAAGUGUUAAACUGAACAAUGUCAAUGUGGUGGAGAAAUGCCACAUUUAAACUUUACAUGUUUGGACAGCUGGCAGCCACUCCCUCAAAGCUUUAAAAAUGUGAUUUUAUCAAAAGAACAUGUCAGAUCAUAACUGCCACUUAAAAUGAAAUAAUAUAUAAAUAUAUACACACACUUUGAUCUUUUGUUUCCUUUAAAAAAUAUUCACUGUUUAUGAACUAUCACAGUUUUAUUGUCACAAUAUGCAAAAACCUCUUGAAACCCUUUUCAAAAAUCCUAAAGGAUCCUAUGAAAUGAAAUAAGAUCUGUUGCAUAAUGUGAAAUUCCUCCAUGUUAUUUUGUAUACUCUUGGAUAUUGUGUAAACUGUAUCAGAACCCUACACGUGUUGUAUUAAUGAAAUUGGAUAAAUGAUCAGUUAAAUAAAGGAACUCAUUGGGAAUCUAGGAAUUUUUAAAUCUACGUCUACACUAAUAUAUCUUUGAAUGCAAACUCCAUUUCAGUUUCUAACAUUAUCAUUUUCAGUACACUGUUAUUUAGAGCCUUUUCAAAAGUCUCUUGUUUUCAGUGGUGGAAAAUUAUGAAGAGCAAAAUCAAUGCGUUUCUAAAAAAAAAAAUUAGAGAGGGUGUGGCCUCAAUUCCUUGUGACGUUCUAUAGGGACAUGAUCCUAUUGGGAACCUCAUAGUCCUUUUUGGAGCUAUGAGUUUUCUAAAAGAUCUAGUUGUUUUGUGUUCUAUAGGAUCCUUUAGGGUUGUUCCAAAUGACAGAUCAAAUAACCCUGUUAUUUCAUUGACAAUGUUAAUAAGAUUGCUGCCAUAUUGCCUUUUGCCGUCUCCCUACACAUACUUUCAAAUCGGAUAUUGAAAUAAAUCCAAAUGUGGCAACAUGCCAUUUUAAUGGGGAAAUUACA